AAAUAUAGAUAUAUAAGUAAAAUAUUUGCUAUUAAAAAAAAAAAGUAAAAUAUGAUCAUAUUAUAUGCGUCACACCUUCAAUUAUUAUUACAAGUAUACAUUUUUGAUUUAGAACCAUUCACGUUUACGCUGCACCCCCUUACCUCUUUAUCUCUCUCCUCCAUUGAAGCUACUCUGAAAUCUCCAUUGAAAUAGCUAAUGAUUUUUCUCUCAUGAAGUAAUUUUGAUAGAAUUUGGAAUUGAUAAGCAUUGAAAUGGAAAAGGGAUCACCGAGCUUGCUUAGAAUAUUUCAUUAGGCGAUUGCUUAUUGCAACACUAUGAGAAGAAGACAACCCCCAAGGCGCUGUGCAACAUGCAGAAUCAAUCAGAUAGACUAAGCAACUUACCAAGCCAUAUUGUUGAUGGGAUUCUGUCUUGGUUGUCCAUUAGAGAUGCAGUUAGGACUAGUAUUUUAUCGAGCAAUUGGAGGUACAAAUGGGCUAGUCUACCAAAUCUCAUAUUUGACAAGGACUGCUGCCCAUUUAAUGAUCAAGCUAUAGCCAAGAGCAAACUUAUCAAUAUCAUUGAUCAAGUUUUGGUACUUCACACUGGCAUAAUACAGAAGUUCAAGCUAUCCCAUAAAGAUCUUCAAGCUGUCGCUGAUAUUGACCGAUGGAUUCUAUAUGUAUCUAGAAGCCCUGUUGAAGAUUUGGUACUUGAAAUUUGGAAGGGUCAGAGGUACAAAAUGCCUUCUUCUUUGUAUUCUUGUAAGCACUUGCUUCAUCUGGAGCUGUUCAACUGCCUGUUAAACCCACCACCAGUUUUCAAAGGUUUUCCAAACUUGAGGAGCCUUGAUCUUCAGCAUAUUACCAUGACAGAAGACACAUUCAAGAAUCUGAUUGCAUGGUGUCCCUCACUAGAGAGGUUGACAUUGAUGAACUUUGAAGGUUUCUUCAAUCUCAAGAUUAAUGCUCCUAAUCUUCAGUUCUUUGACAUUGGAGGUGAUUUUGAAGAUGUUACUUUUGAGAAUACCAACAUGUUGUCUAUAAUUUCAAUUGGUUUAUAUAUCAAUGUUGAAACUGAGUUUAAUGGAAGACAAAACCAUCCAAGCAACAUGUUGAAUUUUUUCGCCUGCCUUCCUCAUAUACAGAGGCUUGAGGUCCAAAGUUACUUCUUAAAGUAUUUAGCUCAUGGCAAUGUGCCAAGUAGACUACCAGUUCCAUGUCUUGAUCUGUACUAUCUCUCCAUCCGUAUCAACUACUAUGAUAUCAAGGAAAAUAAGACAGCUUUUUGUCUGUUUAAAAGCUCUCCAAAUUUGUCCGAACUUGAGAUGCUGGCUAGGUAUGAGGAGGAAUCUAUUGCAAACACAGGAACAACCUUUUGGGAGGAAAAACUUCAGGCCGAAUGCGUGUUUCACCAGCUUCGAGUAGUUAGAAUUAUCGAUAUUUGUGCGACUAAACCAGAGCUAGAUUUUGUGAAGUUUCUGCUUGCAAAUUCUCCUGUGCUUGAGAAGUUGACUGUUAAACCGAAUAAUGCUGAUGGAGGACUGGAAUUGCUUAAAGAGCUGGUGCGGUAUAAGCGAGCUUCUGUACAGGCAGAAGUCAUUUAUAUGGACACCUAGAUUGUGAUUUGUGAAAGAUCUAUGUACAUACUUCUGUAAAUAGAUAGUAACUUUCGCUUGAAUUUCAAUUAUGGGAAGAAAGCAAAAAUCAAGGCCAGCAACAAACUUGUCGACCAUGGCAUUGUAGCCCCAAUGAUAGUGGUGCUGACUUGUAGCAUGGUUGAAGGAAGUUGCUCUUAAAGUUGAGAACUGUAGCUUUACCAAGCCAUGAACAUGGCUCAAUUAGGCACCAAGGUAUCAUGUGGGGAUGGGAUUUAAUUUUUAGCAUCAAACACCCAAACCUGCAGGUGUGGUUAGUUGUCGAUCAGUCCAGUUUUUAAAGGCCAUAGACAUGCUCAUACAUGAUAUUAUUUGGCAUAUGUUGUAAUCAAAAACUAUAUUAUCUAGUGGCUAGAUCUUCUUUGAAAGUAUCCAGGGAGACAAAAAUGGAAGGAAAUCACAAAACAAACAUGGAUUUUUUUAGUCUUCAUUAUCACAUUUUGAGGGUAUUCUUUACUAAUCUCUGUCUUGAAAUUUUUGUUAAAACGCUCGGGUGCACAAUGCACCUAAUGACAUUUAUAUAUCUAGAAAAAAGAUG